AUGAACCACGUAAUGCCAAGCGAAGUCUUGGCAGCUUCCGACAAGAUGAGAGUCGAGGAAGAUCCAAGCAAGUCAUCCCUUUGGCCUUUGGACGCAGGGGCUCCCGAGAUAUCUGGGGAACAGACCCUGACUGCCGGCGGGCCCUUGCGGCCCAACCAGGCCUGUGCUUUCAGGGCCUCUGAUCUGAGAUUCCCCAUCAGUCACGCCAGUAUUCCUCGUGGUGUAGUCUCAGGGGGCCAGAGCGAGAACGAGAUGGACUGUGGAAUGGAGGUGGGGAAGGAGAGGAAGGGGGGGGGGAGUGCCACCGGCCGGAUUAACCAGCGCCGGCUGGAUCUGACAGUGAGGGAUCGACAGGCCCCGGGUCUUGUACCCGCCCACGGACGUUGGAAGAGACCCAAAGAUCGCCGCCUAUCGCUUGCUGCAUUGACCAGCGAGCCGGAGAGGGCAUGGAUCCGGUCCCCCCCACUGUGGCUCAGCCCAUGGGCCGUAGAGUUUCCCUACUCCAGCGGCGCCACGAAUCAGCGCCUCCAAGAGCCCUCUGAGACUAAGGCGGACCCCGUGGGCGGCACAUCCUGGGGCAUGGAACCUGUGCACCUCUCCAUUGCCGUCCGCAAGCCGCCACGGGGAGACCAGAGCAGGUACGUCGGAAUGAGGGGAAUGGGCUGGAUGUGUGUCCCGCAUGACGAAGACCGGAGGCUCGUCUCCGCUGACUGUGUGGCGGGCGGGAUCGAGGCCGCUGCUCGAGGCGUGAAGAAUGCGAAAUGCAGGCAAGGCCGGGAGGAGCUGGUGGCUACCACGCAGUGA